AAACAUUUGUCAACACCUCGGAUGAUGAGUAGGCACUGGUUUGGGUGUCGUUGUCUGGACCUAUAGUCGGACUGUGAGACACUUGUACACUUAAGUACAUACUAUGAGAGCUAUCUUGCUGUCAAUACUGCUGAUAAUAUGAUGACACUGACCUUAAAAACGGGCUAGGUACUGUUCUCUCGAUCAGCUUAGUAUACAGUAGGCACAUUGAUACAAUUUGUAUAUUACUUAAUGUAUUUCAUUAAAUACAGGUAAAUUAAUGUGUUGAUCAAUGUUUCGAUAUUUAUUUUGUUGGACCCGAGGAAGGACAAUAAAAUAGAAUGUUUGUGAUCCAGGGUAAAUUCGUUUUGGAGUCAUUUGACUUAUCUAACAUUAAUUGUUAUUUGUGUUUCUAAUGUGAUACACUGCCCGUGGUCAUUGUGGACAAACUGGUCAUUUGGAUCAAACUAACAAAGCCAUUGUUUGUACUCACUGGUUUGGUUACGUAUGACUAAGUCAGUGGGUGGCUGUUAUCAUUUAAUUCCUUUAAAACAAAUUUAAAGAUAGAUCAUGUGUGGACAGGACUGGCAAAACAAGUUAGCAUGGUCAACGUACACUGUACACUAAUCUGUGGCUAAUUCUCGGAUUUAAAAAUCGACAUAUGCGUAUGAUAUACCUCACAUGUAUAUAUUUUAUAGUUUGUCCCGAGUUUAAUGUCCUAUACGUAUCUAAGGUCCUGGGAUGAUCGGUGUCUACGAAGAUAGUAACGUUGUCUUCAUUUUCAAAAGCAUCGCGCUGUCGAAUAUGACUUUGUAUGAAAGAAAGAUUUUGUUUUAUAUUUCCUUCUUAGUACUCAAUAGUACUCUAUAGUACUCCACUACCUUCGUGUGUGACAGGAGGUUCGGUGUCCAGUGGACACACUAAGGUAUGGAUCAGUUCCGUGAUGUUGACCAAGGCUGGGCCUGGGUGGCAAUGGCGGCCUGUUUCCUUGGUAACGUUCUCACUGGCUUCCUUAACUACAGUACCGGGAUCUUCCAUGUGGCAUUAUUAGAGGAGUUCCGAGAGGACGUAGCCACUACAGCCCUGGUUGGUUCCGUAUACGCCUGCCUGUAUUCUCUGUUUGGUCCGUUCGUCAGCAUGGUUGUCAAUAUGACGAGCUGUCAGACCGCACUCCUUAUAGGGGGGAUUCUGUCCGUGCUCGGGUUCUCCCUCAGUUUCCUAGCCAAUGACCUCUCUACACUUCUCAUCACCUAUGGAAUCAUAGCAGGCAGGUCUUGGUUCUGGUUUUUGUGCUACUCCUAUCUUAAUCAUGACCGGGUACAGUUUCAAACGGUACCGAGGAAUUGCCAACGGGGUCGUUGUUUCCGGGUGUGGAAUUGGUAUGCUUGGAUGCGGUCCUGUCAGUCAGUAUUUCAUUGACACAUAUGGACUCCGGGGUGGUUUCCUGAUGAUGGGCGGUAUCGCUUGCCAUUUUAUUGUAUGCGCAGCACUGAUUAGACCUUCCGGGGCGGAAGUAUGGCACAAGAGAAUGCGACAGGAAUCGGAAGACUCGUCCAAGAAGUGUGUCCAAAUGCGAAGUAUUCUGGAUCCUUCCCUGUACAAAAACUACGCUUUUUUGCUCAUACUUAUUGCUGGGUUUGCAUGGAAUGCCGCUUAUGGCAUUGUACUUCUUCAUCUGCCCAACUUUUCAGUCGUUCAAGGAUCUUCCAAAUCGGAAGCUGCUAUGCUCCUCCUCGUGAUUGGAGGUGGUAGUUCCAUAAGUAGGAUUUUGGGAGGAUUAACGACAAGUUCAGAAUCUGAAAUAGAUCCGAUACUCCUGAAGCUUGGAGUCCUGGGUAUCACCGGGGUACUGACCCUUCUGUUCCCGUUCUAUUCCGGUAUAUACUGGCAGCAGGUUAUCUUCGCCACUCUGUUUGGGAUAUACAGUGGUGGUCUGAUAGCAUUUACUGUCCCUAUACUUAUAGAAAUAGUCGGACUCUCUAAACUGUCUGCCGCUCUCGGAGCUCUGUACUGCAUUUCCGGAGUUGGAUGGUUCGUCGGACCAACUGCGGCAGGUCUGAUUAUAGAUAACACUGGCAGCUACAGCGUGGUCUUCUACAUUACGGGUACUAUAUUCAUAUUUGGUUCGGUGUUGACUCUGCUGUCUACAAUAUGGCGCCCAAAAGACGUCAAUGUUGAUGAGGAGGAUCGAUAUGUGGCCUCCGUCCUGUUUAAGGGAUCCAAUUUCCUUACUGGGUCAAUUCUUCUUACAGGGUCAGCAAACGUCAUGUUGGACUUUCGAGCGUCUACGAUGAGCAUGUAUCAAUCUGCCAAGUCCCUUGGACCGUAUAGUUCUUACCGUUCUGUACGGAUGCAAAACUCUAACCGAUCUGUUAAUACACAGGAAAAAGUUCCACUAAAAAUAUCUAGACUGGCUAUAAACAAUGGCGAAGCGGAUCCCUUAAACGUCGAACGAUGAAAACCUGAACGAACAGGCCAUUUAUAUUGUAUAUUGAAAUCUGCUCAAAAUAUACACACGUAUUCUAUAUUCUCUGUGAGAAAAUUUCAAUGUGAAAACGGCAUUAUAAAAUAACGGAGUGUAUGCGCCUGCCCUAUGAUAUUUCCCAGGCCGAUUUUAACUUUCUUCCAUUCUGUAUUAGUACACAUUCGGGUAUUGGCAUCACUGACGAGUCCUAGAAGGAAGAAACAGUGUAUUAUUUCUGUGUCUUGUAUACAGUGGUCGUUUAUUAUAUCGACACAGUGUCUAUAUGAUUAGUAACUGAUGUUCCUUCUCUUUAUUACUUUGAUGUUUAUAAAUCACAACUGUUAUGCAUGACGUGAAUAAAUAAUGAGAUCGAUGACGUAGAAUCGACGGUACAGACAAGUCAAUUGUUGAAUUUGCAAGUUAAUUCGACAAUGUCGGCGCUAUGGAAUGAAACACUACCAUUAGUUCUCUAGUAAAUUCUUUAAAAAAAAUGCCAGAAGUAGAAAAGGAAAAUUAAUUGAUAACUCGAUAACACAUCAAGACGGAAAAAUAAGUGAAAAAGUAUGAAAACGAUUUCGGUAUUGUAUACACUUUGUAGAUAACAAAGUAUAAUAACGAUUUCGGUAUUGUAUACACUUUGUAGAUAACAAAGUAUAAUAACGAUUUCGGUAUUGUAUACA